AUGCUUCGAUACAUUAUCGGCCGCUACGGGCGCUCUGAUGGGUCCUCCCGACUGGUGGGCUCCGCUUCAGGUUCCACGCCCGCGGCCAAGCUGCUCCAGAGACGGUCGCUGGCAAGCCAUCCACAUUCCUUCGCUCCCAACGAUGUAGAAGAGGAGCAUCAUCAUCAUCAUCAUCAUGGAAAACAACAACAACAACAGAGUUCUCAGAGUCCGCGAAGGGACAAUGGACACCAAUAUUCUCAGUUCCAUGCGAUACGAUCGGUCCAGAGCUCAGUCGGUGUGCUGGAAGGCCCCAACCAAGCACCAAGGACACCAAUCAAGAAUCUGAAUGCGCUCAAAAAUGCAUUCUUCGCGAUUGUGCGAGACGGCCAACCCGACCAGGUGAUGAAGGCAUUGCUUGACCCUCAGUUUGAGACGGUGGUUGGCGAGUUGCCCGAGAGUACUUUUGUCGAGGUCUUUUGCUUGCUCUCCCCCGCCUACUUUGUUGAUCCUUUUCGCGGCAUCUAUCGUCCAAUACAUCCGUUUGCUGUAGAGCUGAAAGGCUACCGGGCAUUGGAGGCGAUUUUCGAUGAGUUCGCCUGUAACCUCGCCUCGAUCAUCGCAACCCGUCGGGCGGCAGGUCACACGCUGGGACUGGCCGAAUACGCGCAUCUCCUGGACUGUGCACGUUCGAUCGGAGAUGCUUUGAUGGCAGACCAUGUCUGGCAUGCUAUGACCGAGGAUGGGGUGGUCCCCGAUGUGCGUUGCUACAAUUACUACAUGGAAGCCAAGGUGUGGGACAUGGCCUACACGGGGCGCGAGAAGUAUCACCUGCGAAUGACGCCGUAUGCCUAUCGCAAACGUCGCUUCUACAGCCCCAAUGUAGGCUGGAAUGGCUUCCGCACGGCAGAACGCAGCGUCCGCCAGGAGGUUCUGCAGAUCUUCAACGAGAUGAUGGAAGAAGGCACGUCCGGCGACGAGGCCACGUUCGUGAACGUGAUGCUGGCAUCCGCCCGGGUUGGCCAUGUGACUGGGAUCAAGAACAUCUUGAAGACCGUAUGGAAUGUCGACGUGGACGCUCUGGUGGCAGGGCAAGGAGACCCAACGGGGUUGCCUUCAGCCAUGGAUUAUGAUCGCUCGUCGCCGAUGUACCCAACCAGCCGUCUCUUGUUCGCCAUUGCCCAUGCCUUCGGCAACAAUAAUGACAUCGCCGGGGCGUUGCGGGCCAUCGACUUCAUUUCAACCUCAUACAAGAUUCCUGUUCCGGAAGAGGUUUGGCUGGAACUCCUGGAGCGAUCGUUCGUUCUCUCGCGGCCGCGCUUCGGUUUUGACGCCGACCGCAACGCAAAGGGCAAAGUGCCGUAUGAAUUCCUGUCCACGCUGGUGCAAACUAUGACCGCAGAGCCGUUCCUCGUCCGUCCAACGAUAGAGAUGUACCACAUCCAAGCCAAGAUCGCGUGGGACCAGGCCAAGCUCUCCGACUUCAAGCAGCACAUGGAGUCCGCAUACACCCUCCUCGAAGAGACGCGGCGUAAACGGCGCGUCGCGCGCUCCAUCAUCCAGAAAUACCUCGGCCCGCCACCUUCGUCCACCCGCACCCGCAAACCCUCCAUCAACCAUACGCUCCUCCAAUCCCGCGCAUUCGCCGAGGCCGUGCACGCAUACGACAUCCUCCGCAUGCGCACCGCCCAGCAAACCAUCCUCGUCGAACGGCUCGCGCGCCUGCUCCUCAUCCGCCGCCGCUGGGUCGGCCGCGACAACCCCGCCUGGGAACGCCAUCUCCUCCCGCGCGCGCUCGAAGAAUGGCGGGACUUCCUCCCAAACUCGAUCGUCUACAGCACCAGGGGCGGCAAAAUCCAGCUCCACGGCGGAACUCAUUGGGGCCAGCGGCUCCUCAACACGCACCAGCGCAUCCCGCUUCGCCGACCGACGGUCGACAACGGCCUCGUCCUGGAGCGUGGGGCGCGCGAACUCGACGACGACUUCGUCUGGGCGCAGUACCCGGCCGAGCUUCGCAGCCUUGAUCUCCCGGCGGUGCAGCGGCUGUUCUGGGGCGUGGAGGAGCGCAUCGUUAACACGCCGAGGACCGUGGUGGCCGAGGAGGCAGUCGGACCCGACGCGGUGGGGAGCCGAGCUAGUGAUGCUGCGCAUGUCGCGGAAUUACCUGGUUCGAAGAAGCCGGUCGAGAAUGGAGGAUGGAGAGACGGGGAUGAGACGGUGGACCCGGCGAGUGGUGACUGGAUUGUCGCAUAA